AUGUUUCUGAACAGGAAUGAAAUGAAUUAUCAUUGGUCAAGAGAUGACAUUCCGUUUUCGUCGCGAGUCAAAUUCAGAGAUCAUAAUCGAGUCUUGACGAUAGAAAAGUCGACAUUCCAUGAUGAAGGUGUUUAUCGAUGCAUUGUAACACGUGGUUCAGCUGCCCGGUACGAAAAGACAUAUUACCUCGAACUUUCAGCUAAACCAUACAUGAUCUUUCCAUUGACGCCCAAAUUCGUCGACAUUGAAUCACAAUUAACAUGGUUUUGUCAAAGUCGUGCCAAACCGUUGCCUACUUAUACGUGGUUCAAGGAUGGAUUACAAAUAAAUAGCACACAGGACGUCAUUGUGGUUAACAAUACUCUGCAAAUCAUAAACGUGAAUGGAGAACAUGCGGGAAUGUAUCAAUGCGCCGCCACGAAUAUCCAUGGCACUACUUAUAGCAGUGCCCAACUAUCUGUUCUUGCUUUCAAACCCAAUUUUUUCCGAAGUUCCACACCCAAAACCGUUUUGGCGACUAUCAACGGAAAUGUUACAUUUUUUUGCAAUGCCGAAGGAGCGCCACAACCAGAAAUUACAUGGAGCAAAAAUGGCAUAUCACUGUCUCUGGAGAAUGUCGAAGAAACUUCUCGAAUACGGAUGCUGCCCAAUGGCAAUCUAUUUUUGCGAAACCCCUUGGACCCUUCAGAACGUUCUGGCCCUGGAAUUGGUUACAAUGUCUUUUGGAGAUUGAAAGGCAGCAAUGGAAAAUGGUCCAAGAAAAUUUUGAAGAAAAACGCCGAUUUCUUCGUGGCCUUUGUCGGACGCAACUUUUAUCUUGAGUAUGAGGUUAAAGUUCAAGCAUUCAAUAAUUUAGGAAUGGGGCCAAAUUCAACAACUCAUACAAUCUAUUCAGCUGAAGGGAUGCCUGUCGGCGUCCCUAACAACGUAUUCGCUGAUACAUACAAUGCAACAGCAAUGAUGGUGACAUGGGAUCCAGUUCCUGAUACACGAGAAGUAAUGAAAGGUCGAGUGGAAGGCUAUCAGGUGAAUUAUUGGAACAGAGAUCAAAAAAGGCCAAUUCUGAACAGUGUGAAAUUUCCUGGAAAAAUGACUGAAGCUUUGGUGAUUGGCCUUGUUCCCAACAUGUAUUAUUGGGUCAAUGUCCAAGUAUACAAUACCGCUGGAAACGGGCCAAUAAGUGAAAUAUAUCUGGGUUCUAGUGGAAGUGAAGCCCCGCUGAGUUUCCCGGAAGAAGUCAACGUCCAUUCUCAUGGUCCCGACAGUGUAUUAGUAACAUUUCGAGGUGUCUCCAUGACAAUGCUAGAAGACCCUGUUGUAGGAUAUAAGAUAUGUCACUGGUCGAUUAAAGAACAAUUUAACUUAACACAAUGUCAGUAUUUAGGAAUGGCACACGAAGGUAUCAUACGACGACUGGAAAGAGGAAAACUUUAUAAAUUGCGAGUUUUAGCGGUCAGUUCAGCCGGAGAUGGGAAAAGGAGUGAAAUUACUUAUUUUACACUUGGUGGGCAACUUCAGAUAGAUUCCAGUCUGUAUGACAUUUUGGCCACUGGAUCAUUUCUAAAGGCAGCACCUCAUUUAUUUGUACUUUGCUUUACAUUUGUAUACAUUUUUACUUUAUAA